AUGCUUGCUAAAUUUGAUUCCAUUAAUUAUACAAUUUUUUUAUAAAGAAAAUUGAUUAUCUGCAAAAAUAAAACAAACCAAAAAAUGUAACAUAUCUAUUGAUAAUUUUUAGGGUUCAUUCAAAAUUAUGUAUUCAAUAUUAUAAUUUAAAGAGUUCCAAAGACAGAAGAUUAGUAAUGGAUUCAACAACAUUAAAUAUCCUAUAUUAAAAUUUAACUCUGCAAAUAUACAUAUUGACAUAAUUAAUCCUGAAGAGCAAAAAAACAAUAGAAUAAAACAAUGUUUAAAAUCACAAUAUUUCAUUUAAAUCAAUAUUGUAUAUAUUCUUAUUAAGCUAAUCAAUAAAUAGAUAAUGCCUUACAAUUUAUCUGUGAAAGCAUUUUCUGACAAUAUAAAAAUAUAUGGUUAUAAUAUUCUUAAAAAAUAAAUGAUAAAAUCUAAAUAAUCAUCUUCAAUUUUCUUAUCCAUUUUAUCUGAUAAUAAUAGAGUUGUAUUGUUUAAAAUAUAAUAACUUAUCGAAAAGACAUGUACGAAUAAAAUAAACAGUAUAUUUUAGAUUAUAAAGUAAUAGUUUAUUUGAUUAGAAUAGAAGUUCUUAUUCAAAUUUAAUAAUCCUAAACAAAGUAAAGGUUAAAGUAAUAUAUAAUUGAUGGCUUUAGAAGUCAGCAUCAAAUAAUAUAUUGGGAUUGA